GUGACUCCGCGGACCCUCAGAUGUGUAUCCAGAAGGUCGUUUCCGGGGGAAGUUUGCAGGAAGUGGCAUCAUAAAGGCGUACAAAAUGUGGCAUGAGCUAUGCACCGGAUAUGAAGAAUAUUACACACCUUCACUUUACGACGUUUCCCCUGUUCCUCCUGCUGUUCUACUUGGCGGAGUACGGAGAUGCAGGGGGUGGUAUUCCAGGCCUGGAAAUUUCCAUGCCACCGUCGCACGUGGCUCUCAGCGGCGACUUGCACGUGCAAAUAGCCUUCACGUCAUUCACCCCACUCCUGCUCCAACUCUCUCGUUUGGAAGGCAACCUAGCGCAGCCCCUGACGACGUUCCCAGUCUUCUCCAACGCUAGCGCCCCACCUAAGAACUCCACCAUAGUUAAAAUACCUUGCGGGUACUUCUCCAAAGGUGGCCAGUACUACAUCCUAGUCAAGAAGAAGCCAGUAGGUUCAAGUAACAUUACAACCCUCGACAACCAAGACACUUCGGUGAUCACGCGGAGUUUGGACGUUCGGUGGCCUAUGCCUCAGCUGACUGUGACCCCGGAGCACAUCCAAACGUAUCCGGAAAGUCCCGUCACGGCCAUCGUCGAAUUCCCGGAGGUCGUUUGUCCGCCAGUGGCUGACAGUCCAGCCAGUGCUAUCCCAGAAUUCUGGUUGGAGCUGCACUACUGCGGGCACUCUCUGCUUACCUGUGAUAAUCCCCCAGACGAUCAGAAUAAGACCGGAAAUCAGGUGCUCUACUCCGAGCAGGUGCGCGGUUUUCCCGGCAAACAGGACUACAUCCUGCGCUGCGAGCUGUUCGGACUCGCCGGCCACUACGCGUUGUUCCUGAGGCCCACGACCCCCUCGCCGGCGCUACCCCACACGGCCGCCUACGUCAAGGCCGACUGGAGCGAGCAAUUCGUGUUCAACGUGCACGCCCACAGCAUCUUCCCCUGCGACGUCCAUAACGGCGGUGUGACAGUCCUCUUCCAAUAUCCUUCCUGCAUCCUGGCCAAAGGAGACCGAGUCCGGCUCUUCGCGAGGCUUAGGGCUAACGUAGCCUCCUUAGCGCCACCGACCACGUUGGAGUAUGUUGCCGAGCAAAGAGUGGUGAGGAACCAGCACAGCCUGCAGUUUGAUUGCGACCUCUUCACCGAAAGGUACGUGGAGUACUGCUUCGUCUACGUCAGUCAGGCUAUCUCCGGAGCAGUGGCAGACGUUAGGAUGGACUGCGUGCCUACCUUGCCAGUUUCAGACCAGGAGAGCGGUAGCUGGGGUCCCUGGAGUGCUUGGACCCAGUGCUCGAGCACCUGCAUAGGAGGGACGAGAAGUCGCUAUCGUUUUUGUGACUCUCCACCUCCCAGAUAUGGAGUCAAGUUUUGCGAGGGUCCUGCUGUGGAGACGGAGAAAUGUGGGACGAACAUUGGGAGUGGCUGGGAGUGUUUUUACGGCAACGGGGCUUUUGUGGGAGAGUCUGCUGCUGAAGCCCCAGAAGUAAUCGCCGAAGUGGGGCCUUACUGCAGAUGCGGUUGUGUCGUUCACCUGGGUCAGGCCAAGCCCAAGAGGCUGCUGGCGACGUCGGCGCAAAGUUGUCCUGGUAGAACCUUCUGGUUAAUCCAGGCCGACGAAGACUUCGUCAUCCAAUUUAAGGUAGACCAGUUCCACUUACCCUGCGGAAACCAAUGGCUGAAGAUCCGCGACGGCAAUGCGUUGUCCUCCAACCUCCUAGCGGACUUAUCAGGUGGCCACGAUGUCUCCAGGUCCGUGGUCAACUCCACAGGGCCCAAUUUACUGUUGGAAUACUUCUCCGAUGAAAAUUUGUCAGCAAGGCAAAUCUGCGGAGGAGGAUUCUUGGCACACGCGAGUCAGAUAAGAAACAUCAAACCCAACAUUACCAGCAUCGUAGUGGCCCAAAGCGUGGGAGCAAUGAAGGCGGUGACGUUAAAGCUGACGGCGGUCCAUAUAGCGGCGAUUUUUUUUCUUAGCGGUCUACUAAUAGCCACGGCUUUGCUGGGGGCCCAGUAUUUAUUUCGGUACAGGAAAUACCACGUGGCUAAGGCUGAGGAUCAGGACUCAUUAGCUGAUCCCAAAGGAUCCAACACCAGCCUGCCGAUGGCGACGCGCGCGUCGUCGAGCGCGACUCUGCUAUCAGAGGUGAUAUCACUAACGAAGUUGCGGCCGCACAUCAAAGCCAGGAACAAGCACACCCGCCUGAGGGAAUCGAUGGAUUGCGGGUCGACGAGGAGCGAGAGCGAAAUCGCAUUAGCGAAGGAAGAGGAUUCCCUGAGCGCCAGCAGCACUGCAACUUUAACACAGCCAGAAACUCAAACCGCUUCUUUGCCGCAAACCACCAGCGAAACAGAGGAGGCCGCGCUAACCUGUAGUUUGCCCAGCUCUCCGCAACUCGGAGAAAAAAGGACCUUACGUCGCUCGUCGACGCUCACCAGCGAGAAGGACAGAUCGAACGAGAAGGACGAGGCGAAAGGAAAUAAGGGGAGAGAAGCCAUAAGGGCCGUUAGAAGGCUGAGCAACGUCAGUAAUGCCACAUUGACAAAUGUGAGCGCGAUGUCUCAGAUUUGUUCUAGAAGUGAUCCGGGAUGCUACUCUCCCGCAGCAAGCAUGAUAAGCACGGCGACCAUAAGGAGUACAAACGCCAAAGAGACCAAAGAGAAAAGGAACAGAGAGAAACUCCUGGCGGGGCCGACCGGUUCGGAAUUUUCAAUAGUGGCCCAAGAUUUGGAUUUGGAGAUGGAUUACUACGAUUACAAUGUUGUAAAUGCAGGAGCAGCACCAGGAUCAUACUUAGGAAUGGAUCCGGCAUUUUUAGUGUGGAUCCCGCCACUGGACGAAUCCGGCGAGAUCCUCCCGGAAGAAGACCAAGAGUACCACGAAAUGGAAGACAUCAGACCGAAAGUCUACAUAGACCCCGGUAGCAAUAAGGAAUCGCCAGAAGAGGAAAUGUUACUGCCUAAAUGUAGGAAAAGAUCGCUGAGCGACGUCAGCGCCAACAACUCCAAACGUUCCCCGAUUUUUAAACCGAAAUGCAAGAGAGUCCACCCCUUGAUUCACAAAGAGAGCAGCGAGAAGAUGGACAAUAAGUUUAUCAGUGAGGUGCAGCCUUUGGUUCACCAGCCUAAAACUGUAUCAAUUCAACUGCACGAGUUUCCCAAGAAGCUCAGGGCGUCUCCGAAGCUGUUGAGGAAGGACAUGGAGAAGGAAACCAAGGUUGAGAAGUCGCCGAGUCUGGACGGUGACUUUCUGGACGGCAUCAAGUUUGCCGACGAAGAGGACGAAGACUUGAAUGAAAACGAGUGCAAUAUUGACGUACCAUAUCAAGAUUCAAAUAUUUUAUCUUCCAGUUAAGACUGAGCAGAUUUUUAUCGAGAAGUUAAAAUAUUAAGAGGUUGACCAAGGGAUAAGUAAGUAUUCCAUCUGCCUUAGAGAUUGUUUCCAAACUAGAAAUCUAGGGUCUUAGUUUGUAGAGAAGACAAAAUAUUGUUAAUCGACCAAAAACUAUUAGUGUACUGGGAUCUUGGAAAUAUCGACUUCUGUUAACGUAUUUUGCGGCAUUAUGAUCAAAAGCUAUCUCAGGACUGAGAGGUUUGAAUGAGACUGAAUGUUGAUGCAUUGAAAAGAGUAAUAUAGUAGUCAGAAUCUAGUCAAAACUAAUAUUUGUAAACAAAGUUACUACUUGUGGAUAUAACGUAGAUUCGUAGGUUAUUUGUUGUUUAAUUGAAGGGUAUGGUGCACUUGACCGUUUAUUUUAAUCGAAAUCAAAUCUGUAAUAUAGCGUCAUCGGUUUCACAGUAUGGGCUGCUAAAUUCUAUAUUUUUCUAGCAUAGGCACAUUACAUUGUAUGGCUUAAUUAUUUUUCCUAACGAAAUCUAAAUCAUCCGUUUUUCUUUGAACUUUUAUCUCAUUUUGUACCUUUGCAAAAAUCUGAAACCUAUAUCCUCAUAAUAACACUGUGUAGCCCUAAACUGCAAUCUUACAAGAUAUAUUUAAUACAAAUGAAGACAAGGUUUGAAAAAAAUUCUAUUAACUUUACCGUUAGGAUUUUUAUUUCAAGUAUAGGACUUUUAAAUUUUUUUCGCUGCAUUUUGACGCACUUUUUAUUUCUUGCGACAUAUUUUUGGAAAGGGUAAAGUUUCAGGCACAGUUUUACUGUGCUGUACAAUAGGAAAUAUUAUUUAUGAUAUUAGCUGGGCUUAAAUAGAUUGCUUCUAGAGACAUUGUUUAAUGUUCCUUGUAAAAAGUCAUAUUUUUUGUUAAUGUUGAAAAGCUAAAUUUAUAAAAUAUCUGGUAAGAUUUUUG